UAAUAUUUUAUUUUUGUAUUACAUAUCUUAGGUAUCUUAAAUGUUUUUAAUGUCUUCACAUUUGAAUGUCACUGGGAAAGUAUACAAACAUUAAACGAUAACAAGUAGAUAAUUUAAAAUAUGUUUUCGAGGCACUUAUCGUGUAUUAUGUCAAUUUAUUAUCAGUACCUUUGAGCUAUAAGUAUAUAACAGUACGCAAUUAGCUAGAUACAUUAAGUAAAUGUGCAAUGUCUUAAGAUAAACCUACGUUGGGAAUUUCGGUGUCAAAUUCGUUUAAAUUUUCGUUUACUCGUCAUGGCUGCCCGUAAAAGAGUAUUUGACUUAUUAAGAACUAUAAACGUUGCUACGUGUCAAUGUCCUGCACACAGCCACACAGGAAAUUUUCAAGUUACCCAUUCAUCAUUAUCAAAAGAUUAUGCUUUUGAGAUAAAAUGUUCUACAGUGAGAUAUGGACUGGGUGUUACAAAGGAAGUUGGUCAAGACCUAGUCAAUCUGGGAUCAAAAAAUGUCUGUGUUAUGACUGAUUCCAAUGUUGUAGCAUUAAGUCCUAUGAAGGCAGUUCUAGACUCUUUGACAAAAAAUGGAGUUAAUUAUAAAGUGUAUGAUAAAGUGAAAGUGGAACCUUCUGAUUCAAGCUUCAAAGACGCUAUCAAAUUUGCAAAAGAAGGCGAAUUUGAUAGCUUUGUGGCAAUUGGUGGAGGGUCAGUGAUGGAUACUUGUAAAGCAGCAAAUCUCUACUAUUGUGACCCUAAUGCAGAAUUUCUUGACUAUGUUAACCAACCAGUGGGUAGAGGAAAGCCGGUUACCGUUCAGCUGAAACCGUUAAUUGCGAUACCAACAACAAGUGGCACAGGGAGCGAGACCACUGGGAUGAGCGUGUUUGAUUAUGAGGAAAUAAAUGCCAAGACAGGCAUUGCACACUCGGCGUUACGUCCAAUUCUAGCCCUUAUAGACCCCUUGCACACACUUACAGUACCUCGAAAUGUGGCAAUAUACUCAGGAUUCGAUAUAUUCUGCCAUGCUCUCGAGAGCUUCACAGCCAUACCGUACACAGAAAGGGGACCUGCACCAGAAAAUCCAGCACUGCGACCAGUUUAUCAAGGAAGCAAUCCAAUAUCAGAUGUUUGGUCUCGAUUUUGUCUGCAGGCGCUUCAUAAAUACUUUACGCGUUCGGUGAAUAACCCCGAUGACAUAGAGGCUCGAUCAAGCAUGCAUCUUGCAGCGACGAUGGCUGGAGUGGGUAUUGGCAAUGCUGGUGUUCACCUUUGCCAUGGCUUGGCUUAUCCUAUCGCCGGAAAUGUUAAAACUUAUGUGCCUGAAGACUACGGCUCUGAACCAAUAAUACCCCACGGGUUAGCAGUUACCGUGACAGCACCAGCUGUGUUCCGUUUUACUGCUGCAAGUGAUCCUGACAAGCACCUCGAAGCAGCACAGCUCCUCGGCACGGAUAUAUCUGCGAAGAAACAGGCGGAUGCUGGCAAAGUACUCGCUGAUACUAUUCUAAGCUAUAUGGAUAAACUGGGCAUUGGAAAUGGACUGUCAAGCUUGGGCUACAAUAUAGAGGAUAUUCCGAAGCUGGUUAAAGGAGCCCUACCUCAGCAUCGCUUGCUAAAAAUAGCUCCUGUACCACAAUCUGAAGAAGACUUAACGAAACUCCUAGAGGACUCCUUGACUAUAUACUGAUUGUUAUUAAUAAAACAAUUAAAAUAAUAGUUGUUGUUACUGUUACCAAUUUAUUCAAUGUUAUCAAUAAAAGAAUAUAACAAUUAA